AUGAGCUCUUGCCAACGCGAACGCGCGCGACAGAGGAAUGCAGAGAGACAGCGGUUACGUAUGGCCCAACGAAGAGCUGAAGAAGUGAAAGCUGAUCGGGAAAGGAGUCGCCUAUCGCAUCAGGCCCAGAGAUUGCUGUGCACUCAAAUUGCAAGAGAGCAUGAGCGUGAACAGCAGGUCGCUAGACGAUCUCAACAAACAGAGGCGCAUCGUGCGGCUUUAAGAGAAAGAGACACUGAAGCCCGAGCCCGCCGUCGCUCGCAGCAGCCUGGUGAUGAGCGGAACGCCGACCGAGAACGUCAUACCAAUGCUAGGGUAAAGCAGUCCGAUGAGAGCCGCGACGCACAGCGAGAACAUGACCGAGAGCGGCACGAAGACGGAAGGGCGCUGCAAACGGAAGAAGUACGUGAAGAAAAACGCGAGCGCGUUCGUGAACGCCGUCGAACCGCCCGCGACGCUCUUGCGAACCACGAAAACUUCCGCCCGUCAAUGUUCACGGGUCCGGAUGUAAAUGAAGUGACCAGACGUCACAGGCUUCCCCUUACUACGGUGUGUGCCCACCGCAACGCGUGGAAGUGGCCUGGUGAAAGCAAGGUGGGCUGUUGUCUCGAGGGAAAAGUCAAACUACCACCUCUGGCUCCAGCGCCAGCAAAACUUCUUCAGCUUUAUGGAGACCCUGAGUUUUGA